AUGGCUCCGUUACCAGCAUUCAGGCUGGGAACCGCCCCAACAUUCCAUCACACAGGCUGUGAUUUCGCUGUGCCCAUAAAGUACAAAAAUGACGCGGGCAAAAAAGCGAAAAGUUACAUUCUCCUGUUUGUCUGCGCAGUCACGCGAGCGAUUCACCUCGAGCUAACAACCGACAUGUCAACCUCAGAGGUUCUUGGAGCUCUACACAAAUUCGUGAACCGAUACCCGUCGGUGACCACGAUCACAUCAGACAACGGCUUAUCGUUCCAGAGGACAGCAAAGGAACUCAAGCUCCUUUACGAACACAUCAUCGACGGUGAGAUCAAGAAAUGGCUCGCAGACAAAUUCGUCAGAUGGAACUUCAUUACCCCGAACGCCCCUUCCCAUGGCGGUUUCUACGAGCGUCUCGUCCAAUCAGUCAAGCGUCCGUUGACAAAAGUUCUCGGAACAUCGGUACCCCAUUUUCGAGACCUCGAGGUUUUUUUGAGCAGCAUCGAGUUGAUGAUAAAUAAACGCCCCAUCACAAGCGUUGCAUCCGGACUCGACUCCAGUGAGGCCCUCGGCCCGAUGGAGCUCUUAUACGGAUAUCGUGGCGACACUUCCUUCCCCCAACAUGCCGCCAACCCGAGGAGAGCCAAGGAUUCGGACGAGAUAAUUUUCUUCAGGAGAUGGACCUAUCAACAGAGGAUCCUGAACUCCUUCUGGAAGAGAUUUCACCGCGAAUAUCUGAGUUAUCUGAGAUCAGCUCAUAACAGACUCCCCGUUCCCGCCAGGCCGCUGGAAAUCGGCGACAUUUGCCUGCUGGAAGAUUCGAGCGCCAACCGCGCGUAUUGGCCUCUCUGA